GGGGUGCGGUCACGUGUGUCACUUUUGACCACGAAAGGAGCACCGGUUAACAGGGUCUUCUGGUAGUGGGAGCAGCACCUCCGCACAGGCACCUCGAAUCCGUGGAGUUUCUCCCCUCUCUCAUUUCUCUGCAAGUCCUGUAUUCCCCCGGAGGGUUUCCGUACGCACGACCCAAUCCCGUUAUCUACCGCAGACUAAAGUGCUGAAAGGCCCCCCGUUUCUUUCUAUAACCCGAGGGGACGCAGAGAAACCCUGACAGAGGAGUCAUGAUGCAAGUCGAGACCCAAGUUCAAUACAACAGCUCCUACAUGGAAGAGGACCAUGUUUACAUGACGCAGGAGGAUGACUGGGACAGAGACCUGCUGCUGGACCCCGCGUGGGAGAAGCAGCAGAGGAAGACUUUCACAGCCUGGUGUAACUCCCACCUGAGGAAAGCAGGAACACAGAUCGAGAACAUCGAGGAGGACUUCAGGAAUGGCCUCAAACUCAUGCUGCUGCUGGAGGUCAUCUCAGGUGGGUCCCACACACACACUCAAAAUACACACAUACACACACACACACUCAAAAUACACACACACUCAAAAUACACACACACACACUCAAAAUACACAAACGCAGCGUCUAACACAUCUCCGCACUCCCCAGGUGAGAGACUGCCCAAACCAGACAAAGGCAAGAUGCGCUUCCACAAGAUCGCCAACGUCAACAAAGCCCUGGACUUCAUCUGCAGCAAAGGAGUGAAGCUGGUGUCCAUCGGAGCCGAGGAGAUCGUCGACGGCAACGUGAAGAUGACCCUGGGAAUGAUCUGGACCAUCAUCCUGCGUUUCGCCAUCCAGGACAUCUCCGUGGAAGAGACCUCUGCUAAGGAGGGUCUGCUGCUGUGGUGUCAGAGGAAGACUGCCCCGUACAGGAAUGUCAACGUGCAGAACUUCCACAUCAGUUGGAAGGAUGGCCUGGCUCUAUGUGCCCUCAUCCACAGACACAGACCUGACCUCAUUGAUUACUCCAAACUGAGAAAGGAUGACCCCAUCGGUAACCUGAACACCGCUUUCGAGGUGGCUGAGAAGUACCUGGACAUCCCUAAGAUGCUCGACGCUGAAGACAUUGUGAACACCCCCAAGCCCGACGAGAAGGCCAUCAUGACCUACGUGUCCUGUUUCUACCACGCCUUCGCCGGCGCCGAGCAGGCGGAGACAGCGGCCAACCGCAUCUGCAAGGUCCUGGCUGUCAACCAGGAGAACGAGAAGCUGAUGGAGGAGUACGAGAAGCUGGCCAGCGAGCUGUUGGAGUGGAUCCGUCGCACCAUCCCCUGGCUGGAGAACCGCGUGGCGGAGCAGACCAUGCGCUCCAUGCAGCAGAAGCUGGAGGACUUCCGGGACUACCGCCGCGUGCACAAGCCGCCCCGCGUGCAGGAGAAGUGCCAGCUGGAGAUCAACUUCAACACCCUGCAGACCAAGCUGAGGCUGAGCAACAGGCCCGCCUUCAUGCCCUCCGAGGGCAAGAUGGUGUCGGACAUCGCCAACGCGUGGAAGGGUCUGGAGGGGGUGGAGAAGGGCUACGAGGAGUGGCUCCUCACCGAGAUCCGCCGUCUGGAGAGACUGGACCACCUGGCCGAGAAGUUCAAGCAGAAGUGCUCCCUGCACGAGUCCUGGACCUCAGGUAAGGAGGAGCUUCUGUCUCAGAAGGACUACGAAUCUGCCUCUCUGAUGGAGAUCAGAGCCCUGAUGAGGAAACACGAGGCGUUCGAGAGCGACCUGGCCGCCCACCAGGACCGCGUGGAGCAGAUCGCCGCCAUCGCCCAGGAGCUCAAUGAGCUGGACUACCAUGAUGCCUCCUCCGUCAACGCUCGCUGCCAGGGCAUCUGUGACCAGUGGGACAACCUGGGAACCCUGACCCAGAAGAGGAGGGACUCUCUGGAGCGCGUGGAGAAACUGUGGGAGACCAUCGACCAGCUGUACCUGGAGUUCGCCAAGAGAGCGGCGCCCUUCAACAACUGGAUGGACGGAGCCAUGGAGGACCUGCAGGACAUGUUCAUCGUCCACAGCAUCGAGGAGAUCCAGAGUCUGAUCACAGCUCAUGACCAGUUCAAGGCCACCCUGCCGGAGGCCGACAAGGAGCGCAUGGCCACCAUGGGCAUCCAGAACGAGAUCCUGAAGAUCGCUCAGACCUACGGCAUCAAGCUGUCAGGGGUCAACCCCUACACCAACCUCUCCCCACAGGACAUCAGCAACAAGUGGGACGCUGUGAAGCACCUCGUCCCCCUCAGAGACCAAAUGCUGCAGGAGGAGGUGGCCAGACAGCAGGCCAACGAGAGGCUGAGGCGCCAGUUCGCCGCCCAGGCCAACAUCAUCGGACCCUGGAUCCAAACCAAGAUGGAGGAGAUUGGCCACGUGUCCGUGGACAUCGCUGGCUCCCUGGAGGAACAGAUGAACAACCUGAAGCAGUACGAGCAGAACAUCAUCAACUACAAGUCCAACAUCGACAAGCUGGAGGGAGACCACCAGCUCAGCCAGGAGUCCCUGAUCUUCGACAACAAGCACACCAACUACACCAUGGAGCACAUCCGUGUGGGCUGGGAGCAGCUGCUAACCACCAUCGCCCGCACCAUCAACGAAGUGGAGAACCAGAUCCUGACCCGCGACGCCAAGGGUAUCAGCCAGGAGCAGCUCAACGAGUUCAGGGCCUCCUUCAACCACUUCGACAGGAAGAGAAACGGCAUGAUGGAUCCGGACGACUUCCGUGCCUGCCUCAUCUCCAUGGGUUACGAUCUGGGCGAGGUUGAGUUUGCUCGCAUCAUGACCCUGGUGGACUCCAACAACACGGGCGUGGUCACCUUCCAGGCCUUCAUCGACUUCAUGACCCGCGAGACGGCCGAGACGGACACAGCAGAGCAGGUCAUGGCCUCCUUCAAGAUCCUGGCCUCCGACAAGUCCUACAUCACGGUGGAUGAGCUCCGCAGGGAGUUGCCCGUGGAGCAGGCAGAGUACUGCAUCAGCCGCAUGACUCGCUACAUCGGCAGCGACGGCCCCGCUGGCGCCCUCGACUACAUCUCCUUCUCCAGCGCCCUCUACGGGGAGAGCGACUUAUAAACACCCCCCGCCCCCGUCCUCCUCCUCCUUCCUUCUCUCCUCCUCCUCUUCUUCAUUCUCUCCUCCUCUCCUCCCUCCUUCGCGACGCUCCCCCUGUUUCUCCUGAACGAUGUAGAAGUGCUUCUCUCUCCCCUCCUCCACCUGCUCUUCUUGCUUUUGAGAGUGGGAGUUAACGCUCUCUCUCUCUCUCGCUCACGCUCUCUCUCGCUCACGCUCUCUCUCUCUCGCUCACGCUCUCUCUCUCUCUCUCUCUUCUUCUCCUCCUUCCUUGUCCCCCUCCCUCCAAUUCUCAGAUGACAUAUUUUUUUUGUAGAAGGGUGAAGAAAUUAUGAGAUGAAAAAAGAUUGGUUGUUCGGUCGGUUGUGUAUUCGUGCAGAUUCAUGCUGUGUGUAAUGUAGAGAUGUCCGUGUCCUAGUUCCAGACCCUAGUCUCCUAGUCCCCUAGUCCCUAGCCCUAGAAUCCUAGCCCUAGAACCCUAGCUCCUAAGCCUUCCAUCCUAGCCUCUGAUCCCAGAACCCUAGCUAAAACAAGACAGGCACCCCCUCCCUAUUCUAGAACCUUAGAACCCUAGAACCAUGCGCCACUUUCCAGUCCUAGCUGGGGGUCUCCAGUAUUGAAGUGGAGAAACACUAUAACAGAAAGCCAGUCUUACGGCGUAAAAAAACGUCAAAGUUCUGAAGGCACAAACACACGGUGCCUGUGAACCAAAACAGGUAAUGUUAUGUUAACAUUAGUCGUGUGUGACGGCAUCGUCGGGACUCUCCUCGGAGUCCCAGACGAGGGAAGUCAAACGCAAUGGGGAGUUUGGAACGCCGGGGUCAGCUGUAGUGAGGGAGAGAGAGAGAGAGAGAGAGAGAGAGAGAGAGAGAGGGAGAGAGAGAGCAGCGAGGCGAGGUGCCCCUGUGACAGAAGAUUCGCGAAGAUGCAUGAAGGAUGUCGAAGUUGGUUCGUACGACUCGACAGACAGACAGAGAGAGAAAGAAAGACACAUAGACAGAUAAGAGAGCUACAGACCGGAUUGGUACCGCUGUUAACUGAUACUCUAGCCCCGCCCUGUUAUACAUAUGGGAGGGGUUUAGGUGUAGGAAAUGACCUGAUUGGUCGAUAGUCAUUUAUGGCACAAAGAAGGACAAUUGUUAUUGGCUCGACUGCGACGACUCACACGCCUCUCUCUCGUCUCUCCUCUGUUUCUCCACGAUGAUAAAGUCACGCGGGACGAUAUUGGGGGUUGUGUGUGUGUGUGUGUGGGGAGAGAGAGAGAGAUGUGGUGAGUAGUGUGUGUGAGAGAGAAAGGCAAGGCACCAGGCAAGUUCAGGUGGUUUUAUGGAAUACUGAAUAACGAUCAUUCGUAGCAUGGUUACCACACACACACACACACACCAGCUGUGAUCUGGAGAAUUUAUGACAGUGAUAAACCCUGUGUAUGAAUUAUCCCCCCCCCUCAUCUCGUUCUCUCUCUCUAAACAUCCUCUCUCUCCCUCCUCCCUCCCUUGCUCACUGAUCACUACCUGCACACGAUUCAUUUCAAAGCUGAAGCCAAACCUUGGAAUAAAAAAGGACAAUUAUAUUAUCAUAAGGUG